UGCUAUGGAUACCGAAUCCACACAUUCUGGAUAUUCUUACUAUUCAAGUCAUUCGAAAAAAUCUCACAGACAAGGGGAGAGAAACAGAGAGAGACACAAAUCACCCCGGAGUAAAGAUGGCAGGGGUUCAGAAAAAUCUGUCACCAUCCAAGCUCCCACUGGAGAGCCCCUGUUGGCAAAUGAUUCCACUCGGACAGAGGAAGUUCAGGAUGACAACUGGGGAGAGACCACCACGGCCAUCACAGGCACCUCAGAGCACAGUAUAUCGCAGGAGGACAUUGCCAGAAUCAGCAAGGACAUGGAGGACAGUGUGGGGCUGGAUUGUAAACGCUACUUGGGCCUCACCAUCGCUGCCUUUCUUGGACUUCUAGUUUUCCUCACCCCCAUUGCCUUCAUCCUGUUACCCCCGAUCCUGUGGAGGGAGGAGCUGGAGCCUUGUGGGACGAUUUGUGAGGGACUCUUCAUUUCUGUGGCUUUCAAACUCCUCAUUCUGCUCAUCGGAACCUGGGCGCUCUUUUUCCGCAAGCAGAGAGCUGAUGUGCCGCGGGUGUUUGUGUUCCGGGCCCUCCUCAUGGUUCUUAUUUUUCUGUUUGUCAUUUCCUAUUGGCUUUUCUAUGGGGUCCGCAUUUUGGACUCUCGGGACCGAAACUACCAGGGCAUUGUGCAAUAUGCAGUGUCUCUUGUGGACGCCCUCCUCUUCAUCCACUACCUGGCCAUCGUCCUGCUGGAGCUCAGGCAACUGCAGCCCAUGUUCACACUGCAGGUGGUCCGCUCCACCGACGGCGAGUCCCGAUUUUACAGCCUGGGACACCUGAGUAUCCAGCGAGCAGCGUUGGUGGUCCUAGAAAAUUACUACAAAGAUUUCACCAUCUACAACCCCAACCUCCUCACAGCCUCCAAAUUCCGAGCAGCCAAGCACAUGGCUGGGCUGAAAGUCUACAAUGUAGACGGCCCCAGUAACAAUGCCACUGGUCAGUCCCGAGCAAUGAUUGCCGCAGCAGCUCGCCGCAGGGACUCAAGCCACAACGAGUUGUAUUACGAAGAAGCAGAACAUGAACGUCGGGUCAAAAAGCGGAGAGCCAGGCUAGUGGUUGCAGUGGAAGAGGCCUUCAUCCACAUCCAGCGUCUCCAGGCCGAAGAGCAGCAGAAAGCCCCAGGAGAAGUGAUGGAUUCCAGGGAGGCUGCGCAGGCCAUCUUCCCCUCCAUGGCCAGGGCUUUGCAGAAGUACCUGCGUACCACCCGGCAACAACACUACCACAGCAUGGAGAGCAUUCUCCAGCACCUGGCCUUCUGCAUCACCAACAGCAUGACCCCGAAGGCCUUCCUGGAACGUUACCUCAGUGCAGGGCCCACCCUACAAUAUGACAAGGAUCGGUGGCUCUCUACCCAGUGGAAACUUGUCAGUGAUGAGGCAGUGACUAAUGGCUUAAAGGAUGGAGUCAUUUUUGUCCUUAAGUGCCUGGAUUUCAGCCUCGUUGUCAAUGUGAAGAAAAUUCCCUUCAUCGUACUUUCAGAAGAGUUCAUAGACCCCAAGUCUCACAAAUUUGUCCUUCGCUUACAGUCUGAGACAUCCGUUUAAAAGUUCUAUAUUUGUGGGUUUAUAAAAAAGAGUAUAUAUAGAUAUAUAUAUAUAUAUGUAUGUAUACCAGAGGGGUGUCUUUUGUUUUUGUUUUUUUUAAUUUUCCAUUGCUGACUGAAACUGGCAGAUGAUAGACCAGUAGUCCUCUAUGACCAUCUGCACUUUAUCUGGAAGGAAGCAGGCCACGUCUGCCCUGAAAAUAAUGACUAAUGAUGUCUGACUCUUGUCAGCGGGACUUCUCAAGAAGCUGUUCCCUGGAGUUUCUCUGCAGCUAUAAACCAAAUUGAGCUGGGGCAUUCUUGGGAACCUUGCCUUACAACUAGUUCCUGUCUCUCCUCCACGGCCACGUCCUCCCGUUGCUUCGAUUGGCCCCAACUAGGGCACACAUCUUCACUCUUUCAGGAAACUGGACACUACGUGUCCACUUAGGUCUGUGUGCAAAUGUU